UGUUAAAAGACAAAUCAGAGCAAUGAUGUGUACUUACUUACUAAUCUAUAUAGGAGGAUUAGCUUUAACAUUGUCCUACGAUGAUUUAUCCUUCAAUAAAGUCGCCACUCAAUCCCAAUCACUUUCUCACGAGGGACAAGAUUAUUCUGCACACAAUGCAGUUGAUGGAAACACAGAAACUUGUAUGAGGACACGUGAUAUAGGGAAAACCUCUGACUACAAGACUGUGUGGUGGAAAGUGGAUCUUGGUGACGUGUACAGCAUUUACAGUGUUUCCAUUUUGUUUAAAAAUUACGACAAUUCAGAGCAUCGACAACAAGGUCGUUUUGCGGGAUUCUCUAUUUAUGUAUCAAACAAUGGUGAUAUACAAGGUUCAACGCUGUGUUACAAAGACGGACCACAGUUACCGCCCCUGAACUUUACAACAACCUGCCUAAAAUACGGACGAUACGUCAUCUUCUACAACGAAAGGCUCGACGGAGUGAGUUAUCCAACAGAUUAUGAAGUAACAAGUGCUUUCACUGAAUUGUGUGAAGUCAUUGUACAAGGCUGUCAGAAUGCUACUGUGUAUGGCAGUGACUGUGACAUACCAUGCCCUUCCAACUGUAAGGACAACAUGUGUCACAUACAACUUGGACACUGUUUUGCAUGUCCACCUGGAUGGACAGGAAGCUCUUGUAAUAUAACAUGUAUGGAAGGAUGGUACGGGAGAAACUGUAGUCAACAGUGUGUAGGACAUUGUAGAAGUGGGACAGCUUGUAAUCACGUGACUGGUCUAUGUGACGUAGGAUGUGAAGAUGGGUGGUAUGGUAUACACUGCAGUCAGCUGUGUGAAGGACAUUGUAGAGGUGGGGCAACUUGUAAUCAAAGAACUGGCGAGUGUGAUCAAGGAUGUAAAAAUGGAUGGUACAAUGCGUAUUGUAGUCAACCGUGUGAAUGGCAAUGUAAAGUUGGUACAACCUGUAAUCACAUGACAGGUCAUUGUGACGGAGGAUGUGAAGAUGGUUGGUUUGGUAUACAUUGUACUCAGCCGUGUGUAGGAUAUUGUAGAGGUGGGGCAACUUGUAAUCACAUAAAUGGUCAUUGUGAGGUAGGGUGUGAAGACGGAUGGUACGGCAUCAGGUGCAAUCAAUCGUGUGAAUGGCAGUGUAAAUUGCACACAAUCUGUAGUCAGGUAACAGGUCAUUGCGACGAAGGAUGUGAAGAUGGGUGGUAUGGUAUACACUGCAGUCAGGCGUGUAAUGGACAUUGUAGAGGUGGGGUAACUUGUAAUCACGUAACUAGUCAAUGUGACGUAGGCUGUGCAGACGGAUGGUACGGCGUAAACUGUACCGAACAAUGUGAAGGACAUUGCAGAGAUAACAUAGUCUGUAAUGACAGAACUGGUCAGUGUGACGGAGGCUGUGAUGCUGGAUGGACAGGUUAUUUUUGUAACAAAGAGUGUGAAGUGGGGAUGUAUGGUUUUGACUGUGUCAACAACUGUAGUGGACACUGUUUGAAUGACUCUCCCUGUAACAAACAGACGGGCCAUUGCGAGAGGGGAUGUAAGGUUGGAUACAUAAACAGUGACUGUGCAACAAAGUGUCCUUCUGGAUAUUUUGGAAUUGAAUGCAAAGAACGGUGUUUUGGAUAUUGCACAGACAAUCAAACUUGUGAUCACGUUAGUGGACUGUGCCUUAAUGGGUGUCAUGAUGGAUAUAUUGGAAAAUACUGUAACAACUCUUGUCAAGAGGGAUAUUAUGGCAAAAAUUGUGCAAUGGUUUGCCAUCCUAACUGCACGACGUGUCGAAACACAGACGGAUUUUGCACUUGUGGCGCAGGUUGGAUAGGUCCUAAUUGCUCUUUAGAAUGUGUUUGGUCCUAUGGGGGUCAUUGUCAAUAUCCGUGCAGUAGACACUGUAUAAACCAGACAUGUGAUAGAUUCAAUGGAAGCUGUUUGUUUGGUUAUAGUGAUGAAUACAUGUAUUGUGAAUCAGCAGAUAUUGAACAGUCUCCACCGACUCUAACAAUAUCGAUUGCUGGGUUUACAGUAUCACUAGCUAUCAACAUCAUUGUCAUCAGUGCGCUCAGGCUUCGGAGAAGGAAAAAAUUGCCAAACCGGAAAAAUAUCCGAAGUUGUUUGCGGUCCACGUCGAAUAGAAAUCAGACAAACACCGAAGAAGAGGAACCUCAUUACCAAGAGCUCAAGGAAAGAAAAAAAGAAAAUUAUCAGAAUUUAACACCAGAUUGACUAACCUUUCUAGUGUUAUAUAUAAGAUAUUAUUAAUCAAUAAUGAAUAUGCUGCAACUAUGUGGUUUAAGAUAGAAAAAAAAUAUAAACCUAGUUUUUCAUAAAAAAAAACAACAUAUUUUGUUUGUACAUAAACAAAGACAUUAUUAUCAUUAUUAGAAUGUACGUUCGAUUUAAAGAGAUUGAAGUAUCAACAUAUGCAAAUAAAAAUCAUGUUAAAACCUAAUGAAUGAAUGGAUGUCCCUUAUAGUUUAAGACAAUGAUUGGUUCCUGUUGUUGUAUUGGCAAGAUGCUAAAAGAAAAUAUAGCAUAAUGGACAUGCUACAUAUUUAACUUAAUGUUGAGGAAAGGAAAUGUGUAUUAUAUUAAAACUAAAAACUUAGCUUUGCUAUAGAGAAGCCUAAUAUAUAAUUAGUGCUGUGGAUUGAUGUAUACUGAAUCAAAUGUUUGCUUUUUAGAAAAAAAAAGUUUGCUGUUUAAUGAUACAAUUCUUUAAAGUAUUUUUGUGUCUUUUAGCUGUUUUUCCACACUGAUAGUAAUUCGUUUUUUUUGCAUAAUAACACUCAGUUUGAUAUGUUUGUAUCAACGCGUUGCUGAAUCAUAUACAUGUAACUAACAUCAAGCAAUAUGACUCAAACACACUUUAAUAGAGGAUUAAUUUAAAUCGAAGUUUUAAUUUUUUUUAACCGAAUUAUUUAAGUCUUAAAGCAAUUUGAGCUGUAUUUUUUUUUAGAUUUCUGUUUGGUGUAAAAACCUGCUAGUAUGGUAAGUCUGCAUAAAACUUAAACUUUUAUGAUAAAUAAGGUUGGAAAAAAUCAUUAAUUUUUGUCAGAGGAAGAUAUCUCUUCUAUGGAACAUAAAGCAAAUCAAUUUUUGUACAGGACGACAAUAAUUCAAUUUCGCCCCAAUAAAGGUUCCUAAACGGUCCUUUUCAGAAAAAUUUGGCGAAAAGAAAUUUAAAAACCAUGAUAUUUUUGUCAUUUUAGUAGAAAAUUAGAUUUUCGUUAACAAAAUUCAUGGAAGUUGCAGCUCAUAUUGCUUUAAACAUACAUAAUAUGAGCAAAGUAGCGCUGAAUAGUUUGGAUCAAAAUCCUACUUAAGACUUGCUUCUAUGUUUAUGUAAGUGCUUUGUUUUAUUGUAUUUACUCGGUAAAUGUUUUAAGCAGAUAUACAAAACAAUCGUUAAUAAAUUAAGUAAAAUGAUCUUGACAUUAUCGUACUUCGGUUCGAAACAAGAUGAUUUUAUUUCCAAAUCAAAAUAUGUACAUCUUAAAUUUACUUCUGAAUUUUUAAACAGAUUUUCCGUAGACAAGUG